AUGGGUAAGGUUCACGGAUCGCUCGCUCGUGCCGGUAAGGUCAAGGCCGCCACCCCCAAGGUCGAGAAGCAGGAGAAGCCCAAGAGCCCCAAGGGCCGCGCUCGCAAGAGACUCAUCUACACUCGCCGUUUCGUCAACGUUACCCUGACCGGUGGCAAGCGCAAGCACGAAUCAGAGAGUCUGGAAGAGAGGUUCAGUACAGUACGGCUUACAUAUAUAUUUUUCUACUAUCUACAGAUGAACGCCAACCCCACCCAGUAA